AUGGCACGGCGUCGAAAGCGAUCUCCAAGUCCCUCAGCGUCUGAGACAAGCUUACAAUCAUCCUCAAGUGAUUCCGAGGACCAGUCUCGACACUCGCACAAGAAGGGGUCCAGUAAGAGGAAGCACACUGCCCAUAAAUCAAAGAAGAAAGAUUCUAGUGCUGAUCCGCAUGAGGAAUAUAUCGCAGCUGCGCGCUGCAUUACGCGUUGCGUUGACAUGUUCUGCAAAGUCGACAAAGUCAUCGAUAUUGGUACAUUACUAAAACAGCACGAACUCGCAGAUGCUGGACACUUAUCCGAGGACGAAGAUGAAAUAGCUCAUCGAGAGAAUCAACUAUCAAAAUUGUCUCAGAAAACCCGGGACAGAUACCAGCUGAACUACAAACGCUUGCUCGAGCUCGCACCUGGAUUGAAAGCUUUCAUAAGCUCAAAAGACCAGAAGAAGACAUCGGAACUUAGGAAAAUUAUUAGAAAGAUGGAAUCAACCAUUUCAGGUACUCGCUCGGACGAUUCAACACGUUUGAAGAUCCAGAUUGGUAAAUAUGUUGCUCUGGAUCCAGCAAAACACCCCGUAUCUCCACCUAUCGAUGAUGGCAGUGGUCGCAGAUCUCAUAUGGGCAUAAACCAUCCGGUAUUAGCCCGUUUUCUUUGUCCGAUCGGCGAGAUCGACAGAUUCAAAGAGGACCCGAAGGCGACAAUCGAGUGCCUGCAAGAUGGCAAAAUUAAGCUGACGGCAGACGCAUUUCCAGCAUUCCUCUGGAAAGGUGAUCUACCUGGGGAUGACUAUGACCCGAACGACUUGAUGGACGGUUUUCUGGAGGGCUUCACCCUCGAACGUACGAUGCGACAUAUAUUCACGGGACCUUCUACCGCUUUGGGCUCCCAAUCACGCGGGACGCGAGCAUGCAACGCUGUUUUGCAUGGUAUGACCACUGUUGACGCUGCGCACAUCGCAUAUGGAUGUGUCCAGGUGCGCUUUGGAAUUAGCUCGAAAAACGUCUGGACCGAGGUGGACGGCGACUUCAAGUAUCGUGACUUCUAUCGCAACAUUGUUGAUUUUAUCGAAGACUUGCCCGACGAGGACAGGGAGCAACUAUUGAAGAACUGGAACCUCAAACUGUUCAAUAACGAGGGCGGGCGUGACAGGGCAAAAGACGACACUGACGACUCUGGACCCUCGAAUGCUCGUGAUGGUAGCAGCGACUUGGCUCGCUUACGUGCACAGAUGGCAGCACGCAGAUCUGCAGCCAAGACUUCCACUACAAACCCAGAAUGCACAGCUGCACCUCCUGCAGUAGCUCGUCCACCACCUGCUCAGGAAAACCCUCCUCCAACUACACCCCCACCUUCUUCACCGGCUCACAAGCUCUUGACCCCACGUCCUAUUCCACGUCCACGGCCUAUUCCACGGCCUGCAAAAACACCAACACCAGCACGUCCAUCUACUGUUCAGGAGGACGCACCUGCACCACCUCCAAGGACACCUUUACUGUCUUCACCAGUGCGCAAUGUCCCACCUUCGCGGCCAGUAUUGAGUCUGCCGGCCAAGACCACGUCACGAGCACCAGCUGAAACUGAGUCGCAAGCCAGUAGCGAUAAAUCUGACAGCGACUUAACAGAGCCCGAUGAGGAAGAUGACGAACCUCGGCAGAAGCGGAGGGCAUCAGCCAAGCAAAAGGGGAAAUCCAAGGCAGUUGAACCUAUUUCGCAUGAAGAACCUGAACCUCCAGCCCGUCACAAACGCAAGGCAGCUGCUCCUACCAAGAACACCGCCACUAGAUCGACGAAGAAGCAGAAGAAGAAAUAA